CAGUGGCAAGCAGCUAACACGAACAACAUUUCACAGUUUGUUCUCGGCCGCGUCGGACGUACGUUUUUGUCGUCGCUAUCGCAACGGAGGCCGCCGAAAGUUUUUGUUGCUUUUCUCAUUCUAUGCGCACAAUCCCGUGCCUUAGUGUUGGUGUUAGGCAACGCGCCUAAGUGUGUGUGUGUUCAAUGCACUGCCUGCAGUUCAAAAGGGCAGAACAACCACCACUACCAGAGCAGCAUUGUUUAAGCCAGCUAGUGUGAGUUCUUACCUGCGAAAUGGGAAAUUAGUGGCUCAAUCCGAAUCUGUGCUCAAUUCAAUAUUCAAAUUCAGGCUAGAAAGUGUCGCGUGCGAAAGUGUGCAAAUCAAGCAGUGUUUUUUUCUAGAGCUGGACAAAAAAAAACCCGUUCUAGACCAAGUGCAAGUGUAUGUGUGUAGCAUGCAUGUGCGUGUGUGUGCGUAAAAGGCAAUAAACGUAUUCCAAGCGGCCCAAAAGGCUCCAAUGUAAACCAAACAAACCGAAACGAAACAAAACGAAACCCCUUCUUGGCCAAUACCGAAAACAACGAAAAGGUACGAUCAUGGCUAAGAUCGUGAAUGCGUCAGCGUCAGCAACCGCAGCAACUGCGCACGUCACACGACAACAGAAACAACAACAACAGCAACAACGACUACAACAUCAGCAGCGGAGCAGAUCAGCAGCAAGAAGAAUGCAGAGCCGUGCCCGCACGAAAAGCGCAGCUCAAAUUACGACGUCGACAGCGCAGCAUUUGCUCAAGCGCGCCAUUUCAGCGCCUCAAUGGAUAUUUCUCUUCAUAUUAAUAUAUUUAGCAACAGAUGUUGCCUCCGUGGAGGUGCAUACCAAGGAGGCAUACUUUAAUGGCUCCACUUACCUCCGUCUGACCACGCCGAUGCCCAUUUGGGACCAUUCGGCGAUUAGUUUCCGCUCGUGCCGCGGCGGCGAGAUACUCGCUCAGCAGUACAACAAAAACUCAAUCGUAAUCUCAGUGCUCAACGAUUUUCUGCAAAUCUCAUUGGCCGGCCCCGCCGUCCAUGGGCCAAACAAUCGCCUGGAUGUGAAAUUGCCCUACCAACUGUUGGACAAUCGCUGGCAUACGCUCCAGUUCAAAUACGAGUACGGUAACCUCUAUUUGCAUGUGGAUCGUGCGGCAAGCAUAUUUGCCAACUCCACAUAUAACAGUCAGUUCCUGACGAAUCAGGACAUCGGCUACAAAGAUGCCAUCUUGAUACUGGGCAACUCCUUUUCCGGCUGCCUUCUGGAUGGACCCGGACUGCAGUUCGUAAACAAUUCGACCAUACAGAAUGUCGUAUUUGGGGUCUGUCCGCUGACGCCCGGACCCUGCAGCGAUCAUGAUCUGUUUACCCGGCUGCCGGACAAUUUCUGUUUGACCGAUCCGUGCAUGGGUCAUGGCACGUGCUCCUCCAAUUCCGAGGGCUACGAGUGCCGCUGCACGGCCCGGUACUCGGGCAAGAACUGCCAGAAGGACAAUGGCUCGCCCUGCGGCAAGAAUCCGUGUGUGAAUGGUGGCACCUGCCUGGAGAACUCGCGCGGCGACUACCAGUGCUUCUGCGAUGCCCAGCACAGUGGGCAGCACUGCGAAACGGAGGUGAACAUCCAUCCGCUGUGCCAGUCGAAUCCCUGCCUCAACAACGGCGCCUGUGUGGUGCUCGGCGGCACCGGGAGCAUCGCCUGCGAGUGCCCCAAGGGCUAUGCGGGUCCCCGUUGCGAGAUCGACACGGACGAGUGUGCCUCCCAGCCGUGCCAGAAUAAUGGCAGCUGCAUCGACCGCAUCAAUGGCUUCAGCUGCGACUGCUCCGGCACCGGGUACACGGGCGCCUUCUGUCAGACCAACGUGGAUGAGUGCGACAAGAGUCCGUGCCUGAACGGCGGACGCUGCUUCGAUACGUACGGUUGGUACACCUGCCAGUGCCUGGACGGAUGGGGCGGCGAGGUGUGUGACCGACCCAUGACCUGCCAGACCCAGCAGUGCCUCAACGGCGGCUCCUGUGUGGACAAGGCCAUUGGGUUCCAGUGCAUCUGCCCCCCGGAAUACAGUGGAGAGCUCUGCCAGCUGGGCCCGAGCUGUACCCAACAGUGUCCCAUCGAUUCGGAGUGCGUUGGCGGCAAGUGCGUGUGUAAGCCAGGCACAACGGGCCCUAUUGGUCAUUGUCUACCUACAACAACAACCACACCGACACCAGAACAACUGCCAACAACAACAACAACAAUAGUUGCAAUCACUGUACCAGCAAUUACGAAUACAAAUACAAUUCCAACAACAAUAUUACCAACAACUACAACAACAACAACAGCUAGUAAACUUAACAAAAACCAACAACAACAACAACAGUCACCAACCCAUCGAUUGGCUUCCCUGAAUGCAUGUCCCCAAGAAAACUGCUUGAACGGUGGCACCUGCCAGGGAUAUAGUAGCAAUUAUACCUGUAUAUGUGCUAGUGGAUACACAGGCUACAACUGCCAGCAGAGCACGGGCGAUGGAGGAGCGGCCGCCGCCAUGGCCUUGACGCCCAUCAACUGCAAUGCAACUAACGGCAAGUGCCUGAACGGAGGUACUUGCUCAAUGAACGGCACCCACUGCUACUGCUCGGUGGGCUACACCGGAGACCGGUGCGAAAAGGCCGACAACUGCUCGCCCCUCAACUGCCAGGAGCCGAUGGUGUGCGUCCAGAACCUGUGCACCUGUCCCGAGAACAAGGUAUGCAACCAGUGCGCCACCCAGCCCUGCCAGAACGGCGGCGAAUGCCUGGACCUCCCCAACGGCGAUUACGAGUGCAAGUGCGCCCGCGGCUGGACAGGAAGGAAUUGCGCCAACGAUGUGGACGAGUGCACGCUGCACCCAAAGAUCUGCGGCAAUGGCAUCUGCAAGAACGAGAAGGGAUCCUACAAGUGCUACUGCACCCCAGGCUUCACGGGCAUCCACUGCGACUCGGAUGUGGAUGAGUGUCUCAGUUUUCCCUGUCUGAAUGGAGCCACAUGCCACAACAAGAUCAAUGCCUACGAGUGCGUUUGCCAGCCCGGAUAUCGUGGCGAGAACUGCGAGAUCGACAUUGACGAAUGCAUCACCAAUCCCUGUUCGAACGGAUCUACCUGCAUUGAUAUGAUCAACAACUUUACCUGUUCAUGCAUACCGGGCAUGACGGGACGUGUCUGCGACAUUGACAUCGACGACUGUGUGGGAGAUCCCUGCCUGAAUGGAGGCCAGUGCAUCGAUCAAUUGGGCAGCUUCCGAUGCGACUGCAGCGGCACUGGCUACGAGGGACAGAAUUGUGAGCUAAACAUCGACGAGUGCGUGUCCAAUCCGUGUACAAACGGGGCGAAGUGCCUCGAUCAGGUGAAGGACUACUUCUGUGAGUGUCAUGCUGGGUACAAGGGCAAGAAUUGCGACCAGGACAUCAACGAGUGUGAGAGCAAUCCCUGUCAGUACAACAGCAACUGCCUGGAGCGAUCCAAUCAGACGCUGUACCAGCUUAGCCGCCUCACGGACCUGCCCAAGGUGUUUAGUCAGCCAUUCAGCUACGAGAAUGCCAGCGGCUACGAGUGCGUUUGUGUGCCUGGAAUCAUUGGUAAGAACUGCGAGAUCAACAUUAAUGAGUGCGAGAGCAAUCCCUGCAGCAAGCAUGGUACCUGCAACGAUGGCAUCGGCACCUACACCUGCGAAUGCGAACCCGGCUUUGAGGGAACCCACUGCGAGAUCAAUAUCGAUGAGUGCGAUCGCUUUAAUCCCUGCCAGAGCGGCACCUGCAUUGACCAGAUCAACGACUACGAGUGCGACUGUGAUGCCAACUUUGGUGGCAAGAACUGUUCGGUGCCACUGAUUGGAUGCCUAACAAAUCCCUGUUUGAACAAUGGCACUUGUCGGCCGUAUUUGGUCAACGAGACCGUUCAUCUGUACAAUUGCACCUGCGAGAAUGGCUUCCAGGGUGACACCUGCGAGAAGACCACCACCCUGUCGAUGGUGGCGACCAGUCUCAUCUCUGUGACCACCGAGCGCGAGGAGGGCUAUGACAUUAAUUUGCAAUUUAGGACAACGCUGCCCAAUGGCGUGCUGGCCUUUGGCACCUCCGGCGAGAAGAAUGAGCCCGUCAGCUAUAUUCUAGAGCUGAUCAAUGGACGCCUGAACCUGCAUUCGUCGCUGCUCAACAAAUGGGAGGGUGUGUUUAUUGGCUCCAAGCUGAAUGACAGCAAUUGGCAUAAGGUGUUUGUGGCCAUCAAUACGUCUCAUUUGGUGUUGUCCGCCAACGAUGAGCAGGCCAUAUUCCCAGUGGGAUCCUACGAGACGGCCAACAACAGCCAGCCCUCGUUUCCACGUACCUAUUUGGGCGGAACGAUACCCAAUCUAAAGUCAUAUCUGCGGCAUUUGACUCACCAACCGUCGGCCUUUGUGGGCUGCAUGCAGGACAUUGUCGUCAAUGGAAAAUGGAUCUUCCCCGACGAGCAGAGCGCCAAUUUUACGUAUGGGGAUACCAAGCUGGAGAAUGUCCAAAGCGGCUGUCCACGCACCGAGCAAUGCAAACCGAAUCCCUGCCACUCGAAUGGCGAGUGCACGGAUCUGUGGCACACGUUUGCCUGCCACUGUCCGAGGCCCUUCUUUGGACACACCUGCCAGCACAAUAUGACAGCAGCUACUUUUGGGCAUGAGAAUACCACACAUUCGGCUGUGAUUGUGGAGACCACCGAUGUGGGCAGACGAGCCAUUCGCUCUAUUCUGGAUAUAUCCAUGUUUAUACGCACGCGAGAGCCCACGGGGCAGGUCUUCUAUUUGGGCAGCGAUCCACGCAAGGCACCCACCAAAAACAUUGGUGACUCGUAUGUUUCGGCCAAGCUGCAUGGCGGCGAGUUACUGGUGAAGAUGCAGUUCUCUGGGACACCCGAGGCCUACACCGUCGGUGGUCAGAAGCUGGACAAUGGCUACAAUCAUCUCAUCGAGGUGGUUCGCAAUCAGACACUGGUGCAGGUCAAGCUCAAUGGUACCGAGUACUUCCGCAAGACGCUGUCGACGACGGGUCUGCUGGAUGCACAGGUUCUAUACUUGGGCGGCCCUGCGCCCACGCGUGAAUCCCUGCUGCCCGCCAGUACAGAGCCUGGAGUGGACGAGAGUGUCACGGUGCUCAGCAAGGAGACGACAGAUGACAGCAAGGACUACUUCAAGGGCAUCAUCCAGGACGUGAAAGUGAGCAAUGGCUCACUCAAUCUCAUUGUGGAGAUGUAUCCGCUCAAUGUUACGGAUGUGCAAGUGAAUGCCAAGCCCCUUGGAGCGGUCAGCAUUGACCGUGCCUCGGUGCUGCCUGGCGAGGUAUCCGACGAUCUAUGCCGCAAGAAUCCCUGCCGACACAAUGCCGAGUGCCGCAACACGUGGAACGACUACAGCUGCAAGUGUCCCAAUGGCUACAAGGGCAAGGAUUGCCAGGAGAUCGAAUUCUGCCAGCUGGUCACCUGUCCCGGCGAGAGUGUCUGCCAGAACCUGGACGAUGGCUACGAAUGUCUGACCAAUACCACAUUCACGGGCCGGGAACGCAGCCCGCUGGCCUUCUUCUACUUCCAGGAGCCGCCACCGGCCGAGGAAACUGGCGGAGAAACUGCCCCCAAGCAGACCCUCAAGCCGUCCAUCGAGAUAGCCUAUCGGACACGGGCCGGCGGAACUCUGCUGUUCAUCGACAAUGCAGACAGUUUCUUCGAGAUUGGCGUCAAUGGGGGACGCGUGACCAUCACCUGGAAGCUCACCCAACUGCAUAUUGGCGAGUCCACGCGGUUCGAGAAAGAGAACGCCGACGGGGAGUGGAGCCGUAUCUUUCUGAGGGCCCACAAUGGCAAGCUGGAGGGCGGCUGGAAGGGCUGGGAGUCCAUGGUGGAUCCGGCUCCAUCCUUCUCCGUCGACAUUGACCAGGCAGCCAUCCAAUAUUUGCUGUCGAGCAGCACCCAGGUCUACUUGGGCGGCAUGCCCGAGUCUCGUCAGUCGCGUGGCUCCACUCUGUCCGCCCAGCAAGGCUCCCAGUUCAAGGGAUGUGUGGGUGAGGCGCGUGUGGGCGAUCUGCUGCUGCCGUACUUCUCCAAUGCCGAACUGUAUCCCCGCACCGAGAACGUGUCCGUGCAGCUUAAGGCCCAGUUCCGUUUGAACACAACACGGCCCGACGAGGGAUGCAUUCUGUGCUUCCAGACGGACUGCCGGAACGAUGGCUUUUGUAGGGCCCCGUCCGACGAGUAUGCGUGCACCUGCCAGGCGGGCUACGAGGGCGAUGACUGCUCCAUCGACAUCGAUGAGUGCCUCAACACGGUGUGCAAGAACAACGGCACCUGUAUCAACAAGGUGGCAGACUUUGUCUGCCAGUGCCCCGAAGGAUUUGAGGGACGCUACUGCGAGCAGAAUAUCGACGAAUGCGCCAUGCAGCCCUGCCAAAAUGGUGGCAAUUGUACAGAUCUGAUUGCGGCCUAUUUCUGCGAUUGUCCGGAGGACUACACCGGUCCCCAGUGCAAUGUCCUCAAGCAGAUGACGUGCGAGAACGAGCCUUGCCGGAAUGAAUCCACCUGCGAGAACGGUUUCAAUGGAUUAACUGGCAAUAACUUUACUUGCACCUGCGCCUCAGGCUUUGAGGGUACCCUGUGCGAUGUGCCCUUCUGUGAGCGAACGCCCUGCGACAAUGGCGGACUCUGCCUGACCACAGGCGUGUCACCCAUGUGCAAAUGCAGCCUGGGCUACACGGGUCGUCUGUGCGAGCAGGACAUCAACGAAUGCGACUCGAACCCCUGCCAGAACGAAGGCAAGUGCAAGGAUCUAGUGGGGGCCUACGAAUGCAACUGCCUCGGCACUGGAUUCGAGGGAGUUCACUGCGAAAACGACAUUGACGAGUGCAGUGUGGAGGGAGAGUAUUGUGGCGGAUUGGGUCGGUGCUUCAACAAGCGCGGCUCCUUCCAGUGCAUAUGCGAGAAGCCCUACUGCGGAGCAUAUUGCAACUUUACGGAUCCCUGCAAUGCCACUGAUAUUUGCGGCAAUGGAGGCCGCUGCAUGGAGAACUGCGGUACAGAACCGGACUACUAUUGCGUUUGCACGGAAGGAUUUGCGGGCAAGAAUUGCACGGCACCGAUCGUUGCCAAGGAGGAUGGCCCCUCGACGACAGAUAUAGCCAUCAUUGUUAUACCCGUUGUGGUGGUGUUGCUCCUGAUUGCCGGAGCACUGCUGGGCACCUUCCUGGUGAUGGCGCGCAACAAGCGUGCCACGCGCGGCACCUACAGCCCCAGCGCCCAGGAGUACUGCAAUCCGAGGCUGGAAAUGGACAAUGUGCUGAAGCCGCCGCCAGAGGAACGACUUAUUUAGUUUAAGCUUCGAUUGAAAUUCGAUUAGCAAAGCAAACAAAAAGAUAUUCUAAAGUCCGCCCAUAUCGUAAUAGCCUAGAGAAGUAGGAGUAAUGCAAUGUUUUUGUACGUAAGUUCGUAUUAAGGUGCUCAAAGCCAGCAGCAGUCCCCCCCCCCCCCCCCCCCCCCCCCCCCCCCCCUCAAACACCACCUCGAUGCCUAUGCCUAUGCUUUAGUUAGUUAAUAAUGCCGUUGUCUACUUAUUUCUAGUAUUUAGAUGGCAAACACCACUCUAUAGUCGUUAUGUAGUUACGAUUCCGAUUAGAUUAGUUUCAGUAUUCGGUUCCUCGUUUACUUUAAUUAUCCACGAGUAUGUGUAAUCCCAAAGCUGCGAACAAAGUUAUAGCUCUGAAAACUGGACACCGACAACCGACCACAUUUCUACCCUGCGUAGACCUACCUUCAAAUUGUACUGUACGAGAAUUUUUUUGUAAAUAGAUUUGUAUUGUAUCUGCAAUUUUAACACCUACAUAAAUUAGCUGAGCUAAAAGAAAACAACGUUUAAAAAAUCCUAUAUGCCUAUAUAUACUGAAGUAUAUAAACCAGGAAAUGUGGCCUUAUACAAAAAAAAAAUGUUCAACUAAACCUUCAAAAUUGAGUAACGAAAAGCAAUUGCAACUAUUAGAACAGGAGAAAAUCUAUUGGUUAAGCAUUCAAAUCAAAUGAAAGACAUAUUUUGCUCUAGAAUUUCUAAGCCUAACCUUAAGGGCUCGCGCACACUAUAGCUGAAAGCGGAGCUGAAAUCGGAGCAGAUAGCUGAUUUAUAAGCUCUGAAAAAACAAACACACUGCACCGGUGCAAGUGCGCACAUUGCAGACUGAGCUGAGCUGAAAGCUGAAAAAUCUCGCUGAAAUCAGCUCAGCUUAGUUUGAUCGAUCAAGCAUGUUUGUUUUUUCAGCAAGCUGAUUGCUGAUUUUGUUCAAGUGUAUUGGUUCAUAAGUGAUCGAAAAUGGGCGAAACAUUGUUAAGCGAUGAAGCUGGGGAAUAAGCGGGAUUAUUAAAAAUAUUUGAAUAAUAGUUUUAUUUCUAUAAUUUCUGGAAGGCGAUAAAUUGGGCAAAAAAGUUUUAUUAUUACCAUUUUUAUAUGUCAAUAAUAAAUAUAAUAUACUAUGUCCCCAAGUAAAGUAAACGCUCGAAAGACAUCACAAACAAACGUUGGGUUUAUUGCCACACAUUCUUGUAUAUAAGUAUGUAUUUGUAUAUAGGUAAUAUGUAUAUGUAUAUUCAAUGAGUUAAUACUUAUGAAAACUUGGGGGAAACGGCGUUGGUUGUUAUCUCAGGCUCUUCAUCGCACACACUAAAAUAUCGUACAUAACA